AAAAAUUGUCAUGAAUCAAAAAAUCGGGUUAAAUGCCCCUCUGUAUGGAUAGCCAGCAAAACAAAAAACAGCUGCUGCAAUAUAAUGCAAAAUAGAAAUCAUAUAUGUAGGUGUGAAGAAGGACUUUAUAAAAAAUGGUGCAGAUAUCUUGCAGUUUAUAUGAGAUGUAUGAUUUUAACUGCACCUAGUUAGGCUGAAAUGGAUGAGACCAGCUCAGUGUACUCAAUAUCGAGUAUCAUUUACCCAAAAUAUCUCUUAUGGUUUUAUAACAUAGAUUUGAUCCGAGUUAGGCUUAGACAAUCAGAAUUUCUCUAUUCUGAGCAUUACUUCCAAGUGCAUGAUUAUUGUCUCGAUCUCUGAUCGAUAGUGUAUUCAUAAUCAUUAUAUCACUACAACAAUUAGGUGAUACCACAACAUGAGAUACCAACCUGUGAUUGUAUUGCUGGUUGCUGUGCUUGCUAUGCUUGCUAGCUCGGCUGUAUCAGCUACCAAGGGAACUGCCUGUUACGUUGGUACCUGGGCAAAUUAUAGAGAUGGAAAUGGAAAAUUUAAUACAAGCGAGCAUUUGAACAUAGAUAUAUGUGAUCACAUUAUCUAUACAUUUGUUGGCAUUCGAGGGGAUACUGGCGAGGUUAUAAGUCUUGAUGACUGGUUAGAUUACGGCACCGGUAGUGGUGGUACUGGAUUGAGGGGCUUCCUUAAUUUUACUGAUUUGAAAAAGAAAAAUCCAAAUCUCAGAACUAGUUUGGCUAUUGGUGGAUGGAGACAAUGUUCAUUGAACUACUCUAUAGUGUCAAAUGAUCCAGUAAAAAGACGAAAAUUUAUUGACACCGCUGUAGGUUUUCUGAAAGAAUAUAAUUUUGAUGGAUUUGAUCUUGAUUGGGAAUAUCCAAGUCAAAGAGAUGGAAAUCCUGUUGAUCUAGAGAAUUUCAAUACACUUAUAAGAGAAUUUAGGGAAGAAUUUGACAAGCAUGGUUAUUACUUGAGUGCAGCAGUAGGUGCAUCAAAUCAAGCAGCUGAUCUUUCAUAUCAUGUUCCAUCUUUAUCUAAAUAUCUAGAUCGUAUUUUUGUCAUGGCUUACGAUUUACAUGGUUCAUGGGACGGAAUCACUGGAAUCCAUGCACCUUUGUACAGAACUAGUGCUUAUGACAAUACCAAUAAUGAAACGCUAGCUAGUCUGUACGUAGACAACUGUAUUCGCGGCUGGUUGAAUAGAGGUGCCGAUCCAGAAAAAAUAGGAUUGGGAAUGCCAACAUAUGGUAAAAGCUUUAAACUUGCUGAUUCUAGCAACCAUAACCUUGCAGCUCCUGCACUACCAGGAAAUGGUGGGUCAGCAGGACCAUACACUAAAGAGUCUGGAACGUUGGGAUACAAUGAAUAUUGCGAAUAUAAACAAACAACUGGUUGGACAGAGGUAUGGGAUGGUGAACAAAUAGGUAUAUAUGCUUAUACAACAACAGACUGGGUUGGUCUUGAUAACCAAAAGUCACUCUGUAUCAAAACCAAGUAUGCUAAAGAUUUGAAACUUGGUACUACUAUGAUUUGGGCAGCAGAAACCGAUGAUUUCAGGGGUGUCUGUGGGACUGCACACCCACUUCUUUCAGCAAUUAAAGAUGGUCUAAGCUCAAAUCCUACUCUCUGCUAAUCUCAGUGAUUCUUUGCUAACAUCAUUCUGACUCUUUGUUAACCAACCUGAUUCCCUCUUUAAUAAAAAAAUAUUUCCUAACAAAAAAUAUAUAGGGUUAUUUACGUCAAAGAGAGAUAUCAGCUUGAGUUCAGAUUACUUCACUGUAAUUUAUUAAAUUAUAUGCACAAUAAUAAUCUUA